AUGUUGGAAGAAGACAGUGCAUGCAUGCGUAGCACCUUACGGUAUCUUAGGAAGAAGACAGUGCAUGCAUGCGUAGCACCUUACCCCACCAUAGAAAGUUUUCGGCCCAAAUUAAGGCUCUUUUUCGUAUUCAAUGUCGUAACAUGUUUCACCGUCGAAGUAAAAGGUCGCAAAAUAGUUCUCCGAUCACAGAGAGACGGAGAGAGUUGGCUUCGUAAACAGAUUGUUCGAAGCAAAGAGAGGCCUAUUCAACGAGCUUUAAGUUCCCCAAGAAGCGUCACCGAUCACCGGAGGAAGAAUAAGAAAUAG